AAACACACAGGAAGUAUGAUCACAUGUCUCAGGAAACACCAGCAGCACACAGCAGACAGAGGGGGAAGGAUGCAUGGGCGACGUCGCAUCUUCCUCACCUUCAUGGUGGCUGCUGCCACCUAUGUUUCUUUGGCUUUCAACAUUGACAUGACAAAACCUGUUGUCUAUGUUGGGGAACAAAAGGAUUUCUUUGGAUAUAAAGUACUUCAAUAUUCGUCCGGCACAAACAAAGGGAUAAUCGCUACAGCACCGCUGCAGCAAAACGGAUCUGGAGCAAUAUGCAAAUCCCUCCAAAACCAAACUUUUAGGUGCACCAACCCUCAAGAUAUUUCUCUAACAAACACAUCCGUCAAACACCUUGGCCUCUCGUUAGCGAAAGACUCCAAACGAUCCCAAUUCACAGUCUGCAGUCCAAGUGUAGUCCAUGAGUGUUAUGAGAACUCCUAUAUGAACAGCGUGUGCUUCAACAUCACAGAUAAUCUUCAGCAAACCUCCUCUUUCACAUCUGCUUUCCAAGACUGCACAAAAAAGACAGUGGAUCUUGUCUUUCUGUUUGAUGGAUCCGGGAGUAUGACCGAAGCAGAAUUCAACAAAAAUAAAGAUUUCAUAGUGGAUAUAAUAAACAGCCUUAAGAACUCAUCGAUCAAGUUUGCGGCGGUUCAGUUCUCCUUUACUAACAGCAAAGUUUUUGACUUCAAUGACUACCAAGCUGGUAGUUAUCUGGACAAACUCAGGAAAGAACUCCAUAUGAGAAAACUCACCAACACACACAGCGCUCUGACAUAUGUGCUGAACAACAUUUUGAAAAACCCAAAAGCAGGCGCCUCUCCUGAUGCAACUAAAGUGGUGGUACUAAUAACGGAUGGAGAUCCCAGUGAUAGAGACAGAGGGAUUAUUAAAAGAUAUGAUGAUCAAAACAUCAUUCGCUUUGUCAUUGGGGUCAAAAACGCUGACCUGGAGAAAUUCAGAGCCAUUGCUUCAGAACCGAAAGACAAAAAUGCCUUCAAAAUUGAGAACUAUGACGGACUCAAAGGAGUACUGGAAAACUUUCAAAAAAAGAUCUUUCAAAUGGAAGGCUCCAAAGUGUCUCGGGCUGGAGAAUUGACCAAUGAAAUGUCUCAGAGUGGAUUCAGUGCUGUCUUCUUCAACGAUACCCUGAUUCUGGGUUCAGUGGGAUCAAACAGCUGGCGUGGUUCUCUCCAAGAUCGCCGUGGAGAGAUAGAAACACAAAUUGAAGAUCCACACAUGCUGGAUGACUCCUACCUGGGAUACUCUAUUUCUGUUGGAAAGAAGAAUAAUGCUCCAAUUUAUUUCGCCGGGGCACCAAGAUUUAAUCACAAAGGACAGGUCGUACUUUUCAGACAUGAAGGCAAAAACUGGACGGCAUCCCAAAGAGUUAACGGGGAACAGAUUGGCUCCUACUUUGGCGCAGAGCUGUGCUCAGUAGACACAGACUCAGACGGUAACACUGAUUUCCUGCUGGUGGGAGCUCCACAGUUUUACCAGCCUCAGGAGAAGAGGGAAGGUCAGAUCUACAUCUACACACUGACUGAUGAGAUGCAACUGAAAGGUGAACUGACUGUGACUGCACCCUCCAUGGGGAGAUUUGGCACCACCAUAUCCAGCCUUGCCGAUCUGAAUGGAGAUGGACUGCGAGAUGUUGCUGUUGGAGCUCCUCUUGAGGACAAUAACAGCGGGGUUGUGUACAUCUAUCUUGGCGACAGAAUCAGAGGGAUACGGAGCGAUUACAGCCAGAGAAUCAUUGGUCAUAAAAUAGAUCUCCGGCUGAGAUUCUUUGGACAGUCCAUUGAUGGGGACAUUGACCUUGGAGAGGAUGGACUCCCAGAUAUUGUGGUGGGAUCACAGGGCAUAGCUGUUGUGUUAAGGUCCAGGCCUGUCUUUAAUGUCAUGGCUUCUCUGUAUUUUCAACCUAAAGAGAUAAACACAGACAAAAUUGAGUGCCUUGGCAACACAGAUGCAAAUUUACCAAUGGUAACCCUAACAGCCUGCUUUGAAAUGGUAGAAACAACAAGAAGUAAAGCAGAGGAAUUGAGCUCCACGUUGAACAUCUCGUACUCGAUCGACGUGGAUCCCACGAGAACUACUAUGUAUCGAGGUUUCUUCAGUGAAACCGACCGGAAAGCUAGAAAUCUCACCUCUACCCCCGAGCUGAGGGAUAAAGACACCUGCUUCAACCACUCCAUCUACAUGCAGAAAUGUGUGAAAGACACACUAAUGCCCAUCAGCAUCAAAUUACAGUUUUCCCAAGUUGACAGUGUGAGCGCGAGCGCCGUCCUGAAUGUGGACAGCAAAACGCAGGCUACUGUUGAGGUUCCAUUUGAAAAGCAUUGUAAGAAAAAUGACACUUGUGUUGCGCAACUUGAGGUGGAUUUCAACUUCACGACCGCAACAUUGUUGGUGGCAGAAGAUAACUUCCUCAACGUGUCUGUCAAACUAUCCAAUAGCGGUGAUGACUCAUACUACACCAGCCUAACAAUGCACUACCCUCCAGGCCUCUCCUUCUCCAUGAUGGUUCUUACAGAGUCAACCAGACCAACGCUCCACAGUUGUAAUGAUCUAGAAGGAGUUCUCAACAAAACAAUAUGUGGUGUCAGCCGGCCCGUGUUUCGCAGCAGAUCCUCCGCAACAUUUAGAGCUUCUUUCCGCAUCAUAAAUGAGUACGAGUGGAAUGAUACAAUUGUGAUGACCAUAACUGGAAAAAGUGAAAACACAAACUCCAACAAUACCAAUACCUUGACCAAGGACAUCCCAGUACAGUUUGAAAUCAAAAUGGCAGUAACAGUGAAAGAAGACCUUAUUAGCUAUCUGAACUUCACAACAGAGGACACUGGACCUAAACAAAUAGUUACUACAUAUAAGAUAGGUAAUCUUGGUUUUAAGGACUUUCCUGUUAAUGUGUCCCUGUUCUUCCCAACCAAACUGGACCAUAACUUUGAAAUGACAAACUAUCAAGUCAUUGUCCAGCAGAACAAAACUCAGUGCUCAAGGAAAACUGACAAGGAAUCGGAAUACUGCUCACCAGACAAACCGUGCAAAGUCAUUUUAUGUGACAGUUUUAUCCUGGAGAAAGAAUCACCCACUGAGAUUACAUUGAUAGGAGAUGUACAGUUUAGGGAUCUCAAACAACAUGCAGCGAAUAUUGCUUUUCUUAAACGAUAUACUGGAGAUUCUGCAGAGGUUAAAUUUAAAAGCUUCAUAGAGGUUGACUAUGACAACAACCGAUAUGUGCUCAGUUCUUACAAAAAAGUGGAGAAGUAUGACAACGAUCCAACACGGAAAUGGAUGGAAGUUCGAGUUGAGUUUAUAAUCCCCCCGGAUGAACUGCUGAUCAUUUUAACUGGAUGUGGACUUGGACUCUUGCUUCUGAUCAUAAUCACAGUCAUCAUGUUUAAGUUGGGUUGUUUUAAGAGGAAAACGCUCGAGUAUUACCAGGACCAGGAGGAAGAAGCUCUUCAGGCUGCCCCCCUAGCCCCCACCAAUAAGACAGUCAGCCAAUCAGAGACUGACGACAAAUCUGACCAACUGGCAGAGGAAAAAAUGUUUCUCGAUGACGGUGAGGCGAGCGGCAGCUCCCCACCCACUGAUACAAUGGAAGUACUGGAAUAAUUGUAUCUACACCCAGCCUUCUAGUAGGAGUAGAAGGCUGUUACCCUCUACUUACAUGGUUAAUUCCCUGUACAAAUAAAGAAGUACCAAAAGGUGGUUGGGGUGGACUGUAUGGUAAAAUGAAUACAGUACUUUCACCUACAGUACACACUGUUUUAGUUAAAUUGAUCACAAAACUAAACCAUUACAAAAAAGUUUUUUAUUUAUUCAACUUUGCGAAUUGUAAUUUAAUGUGGCAUGGUAAGCAGUGGUCCUUGGGUUGGUAACCAUACAAUACAGGACAACAAAUUGUAAGGAUCAAGUGAGGAUCAAAUCAAUGUUUGAAAGAGUUUUUUCUUAAGCCACCGAUGCAGUUUAUUUGCUCUUUGGGUAAACAUGCAGUAUUUGGAACAAACCUUUAUAUAACAUAUACUAUAUACCAUUUUCUGUCGUAUAUAUUUUACUUUUUCUAUUAGAUUGUUUUAUAGGUGCAAUGUUUAAUGCAAAAAUUGUCCAUUGUGCAUUAGAGCUUGAACAUAUAAUAUCAUUGACUGUCUUCUAUUUGCAGUAAAAAUGUACAAUAUAUGUUCAAGGUAACAUUAUCCUAGUACAGUUUGAUAUUGUCUAUGUUGCUUUCUUUAAAGUCUGUUACUGUUGUUGUUGUUAUGGUGUUGUAAUGAUUAUUUUUUAAUAUGAUCAACUGAUAUAUAUGCAUACACAUUAUGUCAAUAUAUACUUGCUGUACAAUGUAUUUAAAUAUUUAAAAUAUGAUCAAUAAAAUACAUAUAUUUUAGCA